AUGGCUCAGCGGGGGCUCACGGCAUCCUCGGGGGCCGCUCCGCCCGCGGGCUGCCCCCCCUCCCCGACGCUCCCGGUGCCUUCGGGAGCACAAACACCCGAAGCGCCGCAUCCGGCGGGGGGCCCCGCCCGGGCCGGAUCUGAGCCAUUCCGGCCGGCUCAUGUGACUGGAACAGAGGAGGAGCCGGGGCUGCGGAGCUCCCCCGGUGCCGGUGCUAUGCGGGCCUGGGCGCUGUCGCUGUUGCUGGGCGCGCUCCGGCUCGACGGAGCCCCCGCCCGCAACGUGCUGCUCCUGCUGGCGGACGACGGCGGCUUCGAGAGCGGUGCCUACAACAACUCGGCCAUCCGGACGCCCAACCUGGACGCGCUGGCGCGGCGCAGUCUGAUCUUCCAGAACGCCUUCACCUCCGUCAGCAGCUGCUCCCCGAGCCGGGCCAGCGUGCUGACCGGGCUGCCCCAGCACCAGAAUGGGAUGUACGGGCUGCACCAGGGCGUGCACCACUUCAACUCCUUCGAUGCCGUGCGCAGCCUGCCCCGGCUGCUCCGCCAAGCGAACGUCCGCACAGGGAUCAUUGGCAAGAAGCACGUCGGGCCUGAGGCCGUGUACCCCUUCGACUUCGCCUACACGGAGGAGAACAGUUCGGUGCUGCAGGUGGGGAGGAACAUCACCCGCAUCAAAGCGCUCGUCCGGCGCUUCCUCCAGAGCCAGGAUGUGAGACCUUUCUUCCUCUACGUCGCCUUCCACGACCCGCAUCGCUGCGGGCACUCCCAGCCCCAGUACGGAGCCUUUUGUGAGAAAUUCGGCAACGGGGAGAGCGGCAUGGGUUGGAUCCCCGACUGGAAGCCGCAGCUCUACCGCCCGGAGGACGUGCAGGUCCCUCGCUUUGUUCCGGACACACCGGCUGCCCGGGCAGACUUGGCAGCCCAGUACACCACCAUCGGGCGCAUGGACCAAGGGAUCGGGCUGGUGCUGGAGGAGCUGCGGCACGCUGGCGUUCUCAAUAGCACGCUGGUGAUCUACACCUCUGACAAUGGCAUCCCCUUCCCCGGCGGCAGGACCAACCUCUACCGGUCGGGCACGGCUGAGCCCCUGCUGCUCUCCUCCCCAGAGCACCCCGGGCGCUGGGGCCAGGUCAGCUCGGCCUUCGCCAGCCUCCUGGAUCUCACACCGACCAUUCUGGACUGGUUCUCCAUCCCCUACCCUUCGUACAGCAUCUUUGGCACAAAGCAGGUGCAGCUCACGGGCAAAUCUCUCCUGCCGGCCCUGCAGUCGGAGCAGCCCUGGGCCACCACCUUCAGCAGCCAGAGCCACCACGAGGCCACCAUGUACUACCCCAUGCGUGCCAUCCAGCACCGCCAGUUCCGCCUCAUCCACAACCUCAACUACAAGAUGCCCUUCCCCAUCGACCAGGACUUCUACGUCUCGCCCACAUUCCAAGACCUGCUGAACCGCACCAGGGCCGGGCAGCCCACGCACUGGAACAAAACCCUGCACCAGUACUACUACCGGGACCGCUGGGAGCUUUUCGACUGCAGCCAGGACCCCACCGAGAGCCACAACCUGGCCCCUGACCCACGCUACGCCACCGUCUUCCAGAUGCUGCGUGCACAGCUGCUGAAGUGGCAGUGGGACACAGGGGACCCCUGGGUGUGUGCCCCCGAUGCCGUCCUGGAGGAGAGGCUGAGCCCGCAGUGCCAGCCGCUGCACAACGAGCUGUGAGCCGCUCCACCAGCACGGCCUGGCCUGCAGCACGGGGAUCCUCACGGCUCUGCUCAGACUAGGAAGCUGUAGAGCCAAACUGGUGCUCAAUAAAGCUUCUGGUGGAGA